AUGGGCGUUCCAGCAUUUUUUCGAUGGUUAACCCGAAAAUAUCCAUCAGUGGUUGUAGAUGCUGUAGAGGAGAAGCCACGUGACCUGAAUGGAAUUCGAGUUCCGGUUAAUACUGUCGAUCCAAACCCUAAUUUCCAGGAAUUUGAUAACUUGUAUCUGGACAUGAAUGGUAUUAUUCAUCCAUGCACCCAUCCAGAAGAUCGACCCUGCCCCAAAACGGAAGAGGAAAUGUUUAUGCUAAUUUUCGAGUAUAUAGAUAGAUUGUUUGCAAUCGUUCGUCCUCGCAAACUUCUCUAUAUGGCAGUUGAUGGUGUGGCCCCAAGAGCGAAGAUGAACCAACAACGCAGUCGACGUUUUCGUGCCUCGAAAGAGGCUAUCGAGAAAGUUGAACAAAUCGCUGAAACAAGAUUACGACUAGAAAGUGAAGGUUAUCCACUACCUCCUGAAAAAAAAACCGAGCAUUUCGACAGCAACUGUAUAACACCGGGCACACCGUUUAUGGCACGGCUAGCUGUUGCUCUUCGUUAUUAUGUCCAUCAACGAUUGAAUAGCGACCCAGGCUGGAGAAAAAUUGCGGUUAUUCUAUCAGAUGCAAAUGUACCGGGUGAAGGUGAGCACAAAAUCAUGGAUUUUAUACGACGACAAAGAGCAUCUCCAUCUCAUGAUCCUAAUACCGUACAUUGUUUGUGUGGAGCAGAUGCGGACUUGAUUAUGUUGGGAUUGGCUACUCAUGAGCCUAAUUUCAACAUUAUAAGAGAGGAAUUUGUACCGAAUCAGCAGAGACCAUGUGACCUUUGUGGACAAUACGGUCAUGGUUUAAAUGACUGCAAAGGAUUAGCAAGUGACGAUAAUUCAGAGUGUCAAUCAACUCCAUUGCAAAAAGAAACAAAUUUCAUAUUCAUUCGUUUGCCUGUGCUUCGUGAAUAUCUCGAACGUGAACUUCACAUACCUAAUUGCUCCAUUCCUUUCGAUCUAGAACGAGCGAUCGAUGACUGGGUAUUCAUGUGCUUUUUUGUUGGCAAUGAUUUUCUACCUCAUUUACCUUCAUUAGAAAUUCGGGAGAAUGCUAUUGAUAGACUUGUGAAGUUGUACAAAGAUAUGGUUUGUGAGAUGAAAGGGCACCUCACUGAUUCUGGUAUCGUCCAUAUUGAAAGGGCUCAAAUCAUACUUGAUAAAUUAGGUGAAGUAGAAGAUGAAAUAUUCAAGUCAAGACAGGAAAGAGAGCAACAAUUUAAAAGGAGAAACAAAGAAAAGAAAUGGCGUGAACAAGCCCUUGCGACACCGUCAUACAUCCCAUCUCGAGGUUCUCUUCUUUCACCACAAACUAAUGGACCGAUGUAUCUCAGUGGAUCGAGUACGAGAACAAUGGCGCGUACUGCUCGAUUAGAGGCACUUGAUUUCACCGAAACAGUGCACACUCGCGCAAUGAAUAAUGCUACUUUUCAUGUCCCAGCUAUUAAUAUAUCAGAAAAAGAUGACCACAAACAGGAAUUGAAAAAUAAUUCCAGCUCAGAGGACGAAGUCUUUGAUGAAGUCAGAUUGUGGGAAGAUGGGUGGAAAGAUCGGUAUUAUAAAAGCAAAUUCCAAGUAGAUGGCAAAGAUAUUGUAUUCAGACGUAAAGUUGCUCUGGCGUAUGUAGAAGGCCUUUGCUGGGUAUUACACUAUUAUUAUCAGGGUUGCGCGAGUUGGGAUUGGUACUAUCCGUUUCAUUACGCGCCGUUCGCAUCAGAUUUUGAUGCAGUUUCUCAAUUCAAGCCUGAUUUCAGUGCAUAUACCGAACCUUUUAAGCCGCUACAGCAGCUGAUGAGUGUCUUUCCAGCCGCAAGCAGGAUGCACUUGCCAGAAGCUUGGCAGGAACUAAUGAUAUCACCGGUCUCGCCAAUAAUCGAUUUUUAUCCUGAUAAUUUUGUUAUCGAUUUAAAUGGUAAAAAAUGUGCAUGGCAAGGAGUUGCGUUACUACCAUUUGUAGAUGAGAAACGACUUUUAGAAGUUCUGAAUCCGAUGGAAGAUAAAUUGGACGCUUUUGAAAAGGAAAGAAAUUCCAGAGGUCCUGAUCGGUUGUUUGUUGGACCUUCACAUCCUUUCUACAACUUUGCGGAAACGCUGUAUGAAAACAGUAGAAAAGACUCGACCGACUUAGCAAUUGACACUUCGUUGACAUUCGGAAUGGCUGGCACUGUUGGUGUAGAUGCAAAAGCUGUAAUGAAAGGACAAAAUUAUAAAUCACCACUUUCAGUUGACGAAUUUACGGAUAUAGCCAAAAAUAAGGCUAUUAUGAUGAUUUACAAAGAUCCACAGUUUGAAAAAGGUUAUGUAUUUGCUGCAAAACGUUUGCCGGGAGCUGUUGACGUACCACGAACUUUGAAAGACACGAAUCUAGAUCGCAGAGAACCCUAUCGACCACAAAUAGGGUUUUUGCGCGAAAUACCACGACAUGGAUUAACUGAUGCGGGACGAAGAAUGGUUGAACAUAGCAUUUACCAUAGCCCUAGACCACUUUUUGAACCAUAUCAGACAGGUCCCUCCAAUAGAUUGUAUCAAUCAUGCUGGGCUCCAGCAGAGCCCUAUGUAGACAACCGCGUACCCGUCUGUCCGUCGUCCGCAAACCAGUUUCGUGAAGGAAGGCAAGUGAGUGGGGAAUGGUGUGGAAACCCGAGACGACGUCGAAAUUUUUACGAGCAUAGAAGGAUACCACAAUCACCAAUGCCUGUUAGACAUUCCCUGCGAUAUGAACCAUAUCCAGAAUUAGUUCCUUUGCGUGUCAGAGGUCGUGGCCGUGAGUGGCCACCUCAGCAUCCAAUAUAUCGAUGGUAA